CCUCCUCCCUGGAACAUGUGCUACGGUUGAACCAUGCGAAUAUCUUACUGCCAUCAUGAUUGACGUUUCGCGACGUCUCCGCCGCGCUAUCCUCCUCAACGACCUCGUCCUCGUUAAACGCAUUGUCAAGAAUAACCCCACUUACCUGCUCAACCCGGACUUCGAAGAUAAAUGCAACACGAGUUUGCAUUUAGCGGCCAAGCAUGGCUUUAUCCAGAUCGCUGAGUUUCUGAUUGAGCAGGGCCACGAUUCCGAAUUCAUCAGCAGAAACAAGGACUGGGAAACACCAUUGAUGAUGGCCGCAAUUGCGGGGAAAGAGGACAUGGGGGUGCUGCUCGCGAAGAGAUUCCCGAACUGCAUCGCUAUGCAGGACAAAGCUGGACUCGAUGCUCUCAUGCUUGCUUGCAAAUCGGGCACAGGGACGCUCCAUCUUAUACCCACGCUUCUGAACCUAGACUCGAGUAUCCUUACAGCGCACGAUAUAUGGGGCAACACGGCGCUGCACCAUGCAUCUGCGGCCGGGGAAUUGAAGGCUCUGAGAAUGCUACUGCAAUACGGCGCCAAUCCGCUCGCACAGAACGCAUGUUCCUGGACACCGGUCCACUACUCCGCCUCCCACGCCGCAGAAGCGUACUUCAAGACGCUUAUCAUCGAGUUCGAGAAGAAGAAAGCUGAAGACGCGCGGGAGAAACGCGAACGUGAGCGUCAGCGAAACGGCGGGGUCAGGCUAGUCACGAAUGAAGAGGUAGUUGCGGCUGGUAGACAGAGAGCGAGAGACGAUGCUGCUAUUGCAGGACUGCCGGCUCCGGGAAUGGACUGGAGUCCCGUGGAGAAGAGGCGGGCGAUGACGCCUACAGAGGGGAGGCCUGGGGGUGGGGUAUGGGAGUAUCCGGGGUUGGAGGGGGCAAGGCCCAGGGCGGGGAGUGGAGAGUGAAGCUGUGUGGUUGAUGGAUCUGACUUUGGGACAUGAAGCGCAACUGGCUGUUUUGUGCAUCUUGGCGAUGUGGCAUUCGGUUUGCUAUAGAGAUUCGGGAGUUGGUAUGUGUUUGAGUACGGUCGGCUAUAACUGACUUGGCACUGCUUAUUGCCGAGCGUCGUCCUUAAACGGGACAACAGAAGGUACCGUCUGUGUACACUUGAGAUGGUUUCAAUCCACCAUUCAACAACAGGACUUGAUGGGAACAUUCAACCCCUGAG